CGUUCUUUCAAUCCGUAUUAUCUGCUAACUGUCAUCACUACCGAGAAUGAACACCAAACGCAUGGCUUUCUCAUCUUGGCUACACCGAUUACGCUCAGCUUCAAAAUCUGCUCAUUACCAUUAUUUCCACCAUAAUCUCAGAGCAGAAAGCGCAACUAUAUCAACCGCCUUAAAUACAACACCUCCGCCAUUCCGUUUAUCACCACUUCCUUUCACAGUUGCCGCCGCCGCCGCCGUCUCCGCUGCAUCGCUCGCAUUUUAUUUUCAACCUCAACCUGCUCUCUGUGACUCCUCCUCAUCUAAUCUUGAACCUCGAAUUGGAGGCAAACAUAGUACUGAAUUUAUUGUCGAAGGUACUUACAAGAAAGUUCCUCAACAGCUUAUUGAUGAAUUAAAAUCUAUCUGUAAGGAUGACAUGACAAUGGACUACGAUGAACGGUAUUUCCAUGGGAAGCCACAGCACAGCUUUCACAAAGCAGUUCAUAUUCCUGACGUUGUUGUUUUCCCUAGGUCUGAAGAGGAAGUUUCCAAAAUUGUCAAAUGUUGUGACAAGUACAAGGUCCCUAUAGUACCUUAUGGCGGAGCUACAUCAAUUGAGGGUCACACCUUAUCACCUCAUGGUGGUGUUUGCAUUGACAUGUCACUAAUGAAGAGUGUUAAAGCUCUGCAUAUUGAUGACAUGGAUGUGGUUGUUGAGCCUGGAAUUGGGUGGAUGGAGCUUAAUGAAUACUUGGAGCCUUAUGGUCUUUUCUUUCCCCUUGAUCCAGGGCCUGGUGCAACCAUUGGUGGAAUGUGUGCUACACGUUGCUCUGGUUCUUUAGCUGUGAGGUAUGGAACUAUGCGAGAUAAUGUCAUUAGCCUCAAGGUAGUUCUUGCCAGUGGAGAUAUUGUCAAGACAGCUUCACGUGCUCGAAAGAGUGCUGCAGGGUAUGAUCUGACUCGCCUGGUGAUUGGAAGUGAAGGAACACUUGGCAUAAUUACAGAAGUCACUUUAAGGCUUCAGAAAAUUCCACAGCAUUCGGUGGUUGCAAUGUGUAAUUUUCCUACAAUUAAGGAUGCAGCAGAUGUUGCAAUUGCUACUAUGAUGUCUGGCAUACAGGUGUCAAGGGUAGAACUGCUGGAUGAGGUUCAAGUGAGGGCUAUAAAUAUUGCCAAUGGGAAGAAAUUACCUGAAGUUCCUACUUUGAUGUUUGAAUUCAUAGGCACAGAGGCCUAUGCACGUGAGCAAACUCUAAUAGUUCAGAAGAUUGUGUCCGAGCACAGUGGCUCUGAUUUUGUAUUUGCAGAACAGCCUGAAGCUAAGAAAGAACUUUGGAAGAUAAGAAAAGAGGCUCUAUGGGCUUGCUUUGCAAUGGAACCGAAAUGUGAAGCCAUGAUUUCUGACGUGUGUGUUCCUCUAUCACGGCUGGCAGAACUGAUUUCACAGUCUAAACAGGAGCUUGAUGCAUCAUCACUAGUUUGUACAGUAAUUGCUCAUGCUGGUGAUGGGAACUUUCACUCACUGAUACUCUUUGAUCCUAACAAAGAAGAGCAGCGAAAAGAAGCAGAAAGAUUGAACCAUUUUAUGGUCCACACUGCUUUGUCAAUGGAAGGAACAUGUACUGGUGAGCAUGGUGUUGGCACAGGAAAAAUGAAGUACCUUGAGAAGGAACUCGGGAUAGAGGCCUUAAAGACAAUGAAAAGAAUUAAAACUGCAUUAGAUCCAAACAAUAUCAUGAACCCAGGAAAGCUCAUACCGCCCCACAUUUGCUUUUAAGAGUUGGAGGCUUCCGUUGGAGUGCGCUCUUUUUGCAGGAAUUGUUCCGAAAGGUAUGCUUCUAUCCUUAUUUAUACCAUUGAGAAUAUCUGGCCCCGCUACAAAAUCUUUUCAAUAUUAACGAGGUUAAUAAAGGUCAUGUACUGGUCAAUAUGUCCUCAACUUGUACUAUUUUUCAUAAAUUUGAAACACCAAAAUAUUUAUGGUA